AUGCAAGCAGUCCACCAUGAUGCGCUCUCUGCCUUUGCAGAGCAACCGGUUCUUGUCGAUGGCUCGUCCCGGGACCUGUCGCUUAAGGGUCCUGUCCCCAAGAACGUCGCUUUCGAGCUGCUGCUGGACGAAAACUCCAAGGUUCGAGCCCGUAUCCCGAUGCGCGUUCAAAUAUACCCUCAUGAUACGACGGAUUCUAUCGUAACCACUGUCAAAAAUUUCUAUGGCAUCUACGACGGCACCGCCAGUGGGGUGAGCUUCGAGGAUGAACAUGGGACGACCCUCAUCGCAAGGUAUGAGAACCUCAAGAACAACAUGACUGUGUAUGUGCGAGUCAUUCCCAUUCAAUCGUAUGGGGAAUUUUACGGCGGCUACUCCGUCGAACGCAAGCGACCCAGUCUAGGCGAGCCUUUCCAGAUGCCCGAUGGUGCGGCGCCAGCAUUGGAGCCGCCAUCGCGCCCAUCGUCGCGGCUCGCUAGGAAUCGCAGUAUGUCUCCAUCGAGUCGCAGCCUUCGCAGCGCUUCUCAGCACAAGUCCGGCUCUCGCAAUGGCAUCAAAAGUCGAGGCUCGAGCCAUGCCGGCUUCCCUGACGACGAAGCUGGCCUUAGCGACAGCGACAGCUACUCGCGCAAGUCUCGCGGCGAUGCUUUUGCCAGCUCUGAAAUAAGUAUGGAGAACAUACUACAAGAUGGUCGUCGCAAACGUCCGAAGUUUGACAGUUCUGAACUCCCACUUUUUGUUCCUCCCCAAGUGCCUCUUACUACCUCCACCUCCUCGAUCUCUCCUCAACGUCGCUCGGUCGGCCAAGAAGGUGCCGGCUCACCUUUCGCUCGUCCUACCCACCGCCCAUUCAACUACCAACAAGCGCUCCCGUCGCCACAAAGCUAUGGACACAGUGAAUAUGGAGUACGGUCAGCACGCGCUCCGGUCUAUUCCACUCCUGUGGUUCUGGACCAUGCGCAACGCAUUCCCUACAGCAACUCUGCUCCUCGGGCGAGCGGUCCUGGCAUCCUGCCCACGCCGGACCCAACGAUCGCCAGUUGCAUUUCUGACGAGGACGUUGCUAUGCAGCUGAUCCGUCUCGGCGAUGCGUCGAACUUCUCUCAUGGGCGCACAUCGGCGUCCACAUUGGACGAUGCCUUCAGUGGUGCUGCCGAUGCAGCUUCUUCAACUGGUGCAACCAGCGAUGGCGAGGACUUCAGCGAAGAUGAAGAUGAUCUGCCGGCCCGCCGCAGGCUCGAGUCAAGCCCAAUGCUCCCGCCUGGUGCUAUCAAAUGUCAUCACAAGCGCCUGGAUGAUAUUCUACCCAGCGCCGACAGUAGCGACCACAGCUCUGAUGGAGCCGAGGACGGCAUCAAGAGUGAAGCCGAGGAUGAUGUCUUGUACAAGGAGUUUGCGCCCAAGGCCAAGAAGCCCAAGGGUCGUCCCAUGCCUGCCAAACCUCGCAGCCAGAAGCCAAUUUCCAAGCCCAACAAGGCCAAGACCUCUGCGCCCCCGGCACGAAAGCCCUCCGACAAGUCGGCUGCGCCCGUCCCCCCGCUCAGCCCCAGCUCUGCUCGCAAGGUAUCGGGUGGCUCGGUCAACUUCCAGCACCAGCUUGGUGCUGACGAAGAGGAUUUGUCUACCAAGCCUCGCUGCCAACGUUGCCGAAAAAGCAAGAAGGGCUGCGAUCGCCAGCGUCCCUGUGGUCGUUGCAAGGAUGCCGGCAUCGGUAUCGAAGGUUGCAUCAGUGAGGAUGAAGGCAAUGGUCGCAAAGGUCGCUAUGGGCGCCACAUGGGUGUUCCUGUGAAGAAGUCUCUUGAUGAACUCUCGGACGAUGGUCACCACCACGAAUUUUCGCCGAUGCCAGAUACCCCUCUGACAGAUGCGGCCAUUGCCGACAAGAACAAGAAGCGAAAGCGCUAG